AUGUCUGCAUUUGAAUGGACACUACAUUUGCAGCACUUGUGCUCAUAUCUGACUGUGCUUUUGAAUAGUCAUUUAAUUAGUCAUAAACCUAACGUUUCUACAGUUAAACCUGAAAAUAGAGAUAAAAUUGAUUCAAAUCAGGCUUUAGAUGAACGCAAAUCAGGAUUUAUCGAUAAAAUGAAAGAAAAGAACCGGAAUGUGAUUGUCUUUUACGGUUCCCAAACGGGAACUGCCGAAGACUAUGCCCGACGUCUAUCACUGGAAGCAACAAACUAUGGAUUACAAGCAAUGGUAGCGGAUCCUGAUGUUUGUAAUAUGGAUGAGUUGGCUCAAAUGAAAGAAAUUUCUAAUUCAUUGGCUAUAUUUUGUGUGUCCACUUAUUGGGAGGGAGAUCCCACUGAUAACGCACUAGAGUUUUACAAUUGGCUCUUAAGAGGGCAACUGUUGGUAUCGGGACUGCGGUAUUGUGUGUUUGGUUUGGGCAACAGUUCGUACGAUAAUUUUAAUACAAUGGGAAAAUACUUAGAUAAGAGACUUGAAGAACUGGGAGCUAUUCGUAUCCAUGAGCUGGGAGUGGGCGACACUAAGCAUAAUAUUGAUGAGUAUUUUAAUCGAUGGAAGACUAAUAUGUGGUCAUCGGUUUGCAAGCAAUUCAAUCUAAAGUUAGUUUCUCGUCAGAAAUCCAGACAAUAUCAUCUCAUAGUACACAACAAUAUACCGGAUUAUCAGAUCUUCACGGGAGAGGUCUCUCAACUGCAUUCGUUGUCCUCACAGAGACCUCCUUUUACCUCAAAGAAUCCAUUUUUGGCAAAAGUUUUAGUCAAUCGCGAGCUUUAUAAAAACGACAAUCGUUGUUGUCUUCAUAUAGAGUUAUCACUGGAUAGAUCUAACUUAAGUUACGAAGCAGGAGAUUAUGUGGCCGUCUAUCAGAAAAAUGACGAUACAAUUGUCAACACAAUCGGGAAAUUAUUAAAAACCAAUUUGGAUGAAGUGAUCACUUUAGAGAACAUGGGUUACGACAGUUUCAAAAGACAUCCCUUCCCAUGUCCCACAUCUUACCGAACAGCACUUCAAUAUUAUAUCGACAUUACAAGUAUCCCCAAAAUUAACAUUUUAAAAGAGUUGUCUCGAUUUACCGAUGAUGACCAACAUAAGUGUUAUCUAAAAAAGAUAAGUUCAGUUACCGAUGAAGGAAAAUAUCUUUAUAGGGAAUGGAUUGAAAGCAAAUGUCGGAGUAUUGUCGAUGUUUUAGUAGACUUGCCUUCUGUUAGACCACCGCUGGAUAUAUUACUAGAACUAUUACCUCGUCUUUUGCCGCGAUAUUAUACGAUAUGUUGUUCAUCUAAAUUAUAUCCUAAAACUAUUCAUUUGGUUGCUAUGAUGGUCGACAAGAGUCCCUUUCGUAUAAACAAAGGUGUGGCCACUAAUGAUUUUAUGACUAAGAAAUGUAUGCAAAAUGGUGACAAUAUAUCGGUUCCCAUUUUUAUACGACGAUCACAAUUUCGAUUGCCUGCCGCUACAGAAGCACCAAUUAUAAUGAUCGGUACGGGUAGUGGUGUCGCUCCAUAUCGGGGUUUCCUCCAGGAAAGGGCUUUUUUGCUAAACAGUGGUCACAAUAUUGGAGAAGCUGUUCUAUAUUUUGGAUGUCGAAACCAAUCACAAGACUUUUUGUAUGAACAAGAGUUUGAUGACUGGAUUAAAGACAAUAUAUUGACUAAAAUUUAUACCGCAUUUUCUCGCAAUGAUGUCAACAGUUGUAAACAAUAUGUAACCGAUAUUAUGAAACAAAAUUUGCAUGAAAUCGGUCGUAUGAUUGUCAAAAACAAUGGUUAUGUAUAUGUUGCCGGUUAUGCCGAGUCAUUGGCCAGGGAUGUUAAAAAUGUAAUAAUUGAUGCCAUCGUACUGUUUGAUAGUCAGACACAUGAAGAAGCUGUUGAUUACUUGAAAGUUAUGGAAAAAGAGCGAAGAUAUUGUUCAGAUGUUUGGAGUUAA